UCAACAGGAAAUGAUCAGCUUAUCUUAAGAGGACCAAACCUUUAGUGCAGCAGCAGCUGCGUGUUGUUGUUAUCAGGACUUUAACUGGUGAUGAAGAUGUUGCUGCCACUCCUGCUCCUCGUACUCGUUUCCCAGCAUGCCCUGGCUCCGGUGGUGGAGGUGUAUGAGGGGGAAAUAUCUGUCCUGUUGCCUUGCAAGUACUCAGGUAUUAUACCUGAGGAAAACCCCACAGUGCUGUGGACUCGCAAUGAUCUCAACCCCAAAUCUGUCCACCUACGACGAGAGGAAACGGAUGAUCUGAAAGGGCAAAACCAGCGUUACAGAGGGCGCACAUCAAUGAGGCCUGAUGCUCUGGACACUUCAGACUUCAGCCUCACUCUGAGAAACCCCCAAAUGACUGAUAGUGGCAACUACACCUGCUCCAUCGGAAAUGAAAGACAGGAACGGAAACUGAAAGACAUACAGCUGCAUGUCAAAGGUAAAAACCCAACACCUGUGAUUAUGAAGGUCAGAGGUCAAACUAAAGAGUAACAGAAAAGAUUUUUCUAGUACUGAAAUCUGAUAAAAUAGUGGUAAAGUUUUCUAGAUGCAACCACACUGGAAAAAUAAAAACAUGAACACCAAAGAAGAAGAAAAUAGAAUCUUAUUGGUACAAUUUUUGGUGUAUCUACUAAAUCUGGAUAACUUGAUCCAGAAAUUCUUACAUGUGCAGGAAAACCAGCACCUGAAAGGCCUAAUACGGACAGACAAUAACACAACAUGACUGUUACUUAAGUGUGAUUACUAACAGUAGUACUGCGAAGACCUGGCACAGUUUUGGCUCACAAUCUGUCCUGAUAGUUUAUCAUGCAGAAUAGAGAUUUUAAUGACUUUAUUAUUGAUAUCUAUUUUAACUGACAGCAGAGUCAGAGGUCAGUAACACAGAUGCUCAGAUCUCAGAUCAGGUCGAUUCUAUGAUUAAAAUCAGUGUGACUGAAUCUGCUUCUUUAGUUACAGAAAAUACUCUCAGCCCUUCCUUUUCCCCCACAUUUUGUUAUGUAACAGCCUUAUUCCAAAAUGGAUGGAAUCAGUUUUUCACCUCCAAAUUCUACCUGCACAAAAUCCCCAUAAUGAAUACGGAAAAACAUUUGCUUAAAAUUUGUCCAGGUGUAUUUAAAAAAGCUAAAAUUAACAGAUGGACAGAAGUACUUACAGCCUUUUCUGGGACACUAAAAUUGAAUCUCAGUUGAAUCUUGUUCCCUCUGAUAAUCUGCCAGAUGUUUGUUGAUUGGAGUCCACCUGUGGUCGAUGCAGUUGAUUGGACAUGAUUUGGACAGGCACACACCUGUCUGUAUAAGGUCCCAUGGUGGACAGUACAUGUCAGAACACAAAUCGAGCUUUGAAGUCCAAGGAAUUGUCUGCAGACCUCUGAGACAGUAUGUAUUGAAUCGAGUUUGCCAAAAAGCCCCUGAAUGACUCUCAGAUCAUGAAAAAGAAAAAUCUCUGGUCUGAUGAAACCAAUAUUGAACUCUUUGGCCUGAAUGCCAAGUGUCAUGUCUGGAAAAAACAGGCACCACUGGUGGUGGCAGCAUCAUGCUGUGGGACAUUUUACAGAGGAA